AUGAACAACGGCCAAACUACCGGCCCGUUGCAUCUGGCCCACCAGGUCUCGAAGACAGACCCCUUCCAUGCCAGCAUCCUCGACAAGGAAACGACAGAUCCGACUUCAACGGUCGCUGAUGUUGAUUCCGCUGUAGAGCCAACGGCCAACAUGCUUCACGCGGAUUUCCUGUAUCAGUUGUUAACUGAGGCCAUCGACUCACUCAAUGAGUAUAAUAGCCCGGAGAUAGUAGGGCCCCCUGCCGACAUUAUCAGGCGCUCGAUGCGGCCUCCAUAUCUUCUAAACGAGCUCUUGGCUCUCGCUGCCACGCACCUCAGUGUCACCUUCCCGUAA